AUGGAAAAUCUAGACUUGAGAGUCCGCAGUAGUCGCGCCAAAUCUAUUGGCACCAUAAUGUCCAUCACAGGAGCACUCACUAUGACGAUGUAUGAAGGUCCUCCAGUUGCGUUCACCUCAUUAACUUCUACCAAACUCAAUGGAAAUGUUACGUUGCCACAAUCAAACUGGGUUAUAGGAGGUAUUCUCUCUGCAAUUGCUGCCUUCAUGCUUGCAGUUUUGUUUGUUUUCCAGACCUCCAUUAUUAGAGCCUACCCUGCAGAGCUGAUGGUAACACUCAUUUGUUGCACCUUCGUGGCCAUGCAAUCUUCCAUAGUCUCUCUGAUGGCAGAAAGGAAUCCAAGCGCUUGGAGAUUAAGACCAGACAUAGAGUUGAUAGCUAUUGUAUACUCAGCAGUUCUUGUAGUUGGACUUCGAAGUGUUGCUUCUGCAUGGGUAAUGCGCAGAAAGGGGCCUUUCUUUGCAGCCAUGUUUAAGCCAGUUGGGAUCAUAAUUGCAGUUGUGAUGGGGGUCACUUUUCUUGGAGAUACUCUCUAUCUUGGAAGUGUGGUUGGAGCUGCUAUAAUAGCUAUUGGGUUUUAUACAGUGAUGUGGGGGAAGGAUAAAGAGGAGACGCUACUUGAAGACGUCCCAGCCCAUGGCAUGGAAUCAUCCUCCCACAACGUCCCUCUUUUGCAAAACAAAACUUUCCAGGCUUAG